AUGCUCGGCUGCGCCCUCGAGAGCCGCGAGGCGGUUUUUGCGGCGCUCAGCUUCUCCGCCGCUUCCGGCUCGCUGCUCAUCAUCAACAAGCUGUGCAUCCACGCGAUUCCGGCUCCGUCCUUCAUCGCGACGAUACAGUUCGCCGUCUGCACCCUCUUCUGCCUCUUCCUCCGCGCCAGCGGCCUCGCCGCCGUCGAUGGGUUUGAGAGGGAGAAGGUGCGGCCGUACCUCGCGUACACGGGCAUGUUUGUGUGCACCAUCUACUGCAACAUGAAGGCGCUGCAGAACAGCAACGUCGAGACGCUCAUCGUCUUCCGCGCCUGCUGCCCCAUCGUCGUCUCGCUCCUCGACUACCUCUUCCUCGGCCGCGAGCUGCCGUCUGCGCGCUCCUUCGCCUCGCUGCUGCUGCUUGAGCGACGUCGUACGUAG